AUGUCAGAGAUCCAGGAUCCGAAAUCUGUACAGGACCUGACUGGGGUGGUGAGUCUUAUUACCUAGCUAGCUAACGUUUCCAAAUCCUUGCCAUAUCCUAUCCGACUUGAAAACCGUCCUCAGAACUAGCUAGCGUUAGCUAACUUAACUACCAGCAGGCUGGCUAACGUUAUCUAAAGUUCUGCUAUAACAUAUUUUUUCCCCAUUCGUUUUUGUAGCUUAUCAAACAGUAACUUUCCAGAAUGAAAUAGUUGCAGUCGAAAAUUCUGUUUAGCUACAUUACCUUUGUUUUAAUCCUGUUUAGCUAGCUAGCUACAGCUAUUAUUCUUGAAAUGGAACUGGAAUUAGCUAGCUUGCUAUCUAACUAAAUGUAAUUGUGUUCCGGCAUGUAGCUACAUUUUACAUUUUGUUUGUUGGGGACAAACUGCAAGUCUCCAUGGUUUCCAUGGUAUCAGCGGUGGAGGCAGCACCCUGUUGAGUAGGCAUCGGAAGCAGCUUAACGCCCACAAAGUUCAGUAGUAUACAUGCAUGCACCACGAUUCUGCAAUGCUACAGGAUAGAAACGUGUCUGCCCACACAUUGCAACAAACAGUAGUGACAAAAUGUUCUGUCCACCUCUCCUCUCUCCUUCUCUGCAGGUCCAGACACUGCUGCAGCAGAUGCAGGAUAAAUUCCAGACCAUGUCAGACCAGAUCAUUGGAAGAAAUAUCCUGCCUUCACAAUUUCAAUGCUAUUUUUCUAUGGUUCAAUCAAAGACAGACUUUAAGAAUGACACAGUUUUACGUUACAAUUUAAUUUGAUUUCUCAUGGCCUCAUCUAAUGAUAUCAAUGAUUGCAUGGUUUGAUCAUUCAGAUACAUGUAAUGCACUCAAUCCUGGCAGUCUUGUCAGCCGGUUUGAAGCAAUUGUGUAAAAUAAUCAAUCACAUUUUUAUUUGUCACAUGCUUCGUAAACAACAGGUGUAGACUAACAGUGAAAUGUAAAAACUUUUGCUAACAUUUCAAAAAUACAGAACUGUAAAAAGCAGACAGAUUGGGUCAAAGGAAUUGGUACUACAUAGUUCUAUGGAUGGGAGUUAGGGAUAUUUUGUAUACUAGGCAUGGUAACCUGAAUGUUGUUCCCACUUCCUUGACGAGAGUACUCGAUGAGAUGAGUGGCCGCAUCGAUGACCUGGAGAAGAACAUUGGUGACCUGAUGACCCAGGCUGGGGUGGAGGAGAUGGAGGCAGAGAACAAGGUCAAGGAGGAACAGGGCUCUGCUUAA